UCUGUUCAGUUCUGGUCCCAGCUAAUUAUCCUUCUGCAAUGUCCCAUCCAAGAUAUGUAACCUGAUGGACCAGCUCCAUGGACGUCUAUCUAGCUGCAGGUUAUAAUGUGCACAAUAGGAAUUCUUUACCUCCUUGGCUUUUCUUGUGUGAAUUUCUAACCCAGUCCUUUCAAGUGGCUGUAGAAUAUAUUGGGUCCUGGUGCAAACUGCACAAUGUCAGUCCCAGUUAUCUCCUCCCCACUUCCAAUCUUUCCAGAUUUCUAUCCUUAGGCUUAUCAUUAACCCCUCACUCUUCCUUACAAUAUGUAUCCAGAUCCUUUCAGAUGUUACCAUCUCUAUCUCCACAACUUCUCUUGCAUCUGACUCCUUCUAUCCAUGUAGCUGCUACGUUAGUUCAGGCCCUUCUCACCACUCACUUGGAUUACUGCAAUGGCCUCCUAAUUGCUCUCGAAUCUUCCUUAACUCCUAUCCCUCCUGCAUACUGCCAUCAAAGUAGCUUUCCUUUAACACAAAUCUGACUAUGUCACCUGAUCAACUCUAAUGGUUCUCUAUUACCCCUAGAUACUCUUCUGUUUAGCUUUCAAAGCCAUACCCAAUCUGGCCCCAACCUCCCUUUCCCGCCUCAUUAGACAGAAUUCUCCUGUGUUCUAGGAUCCAGCCAAAUCAGCCUUCUCUCUCUCUUCCUUACACAUAAUCCCAUUUUUUCUGCUUGGUCUUGUGUUCUGUCCAUCCCAUGUUCUCACAUCUAUCUCACAGAGUACUUUUUCUCCCUCUUAGAUGCAGGUCAAACAUCAUCUGCAUGGAAGUUUUCUCUGAUCUUCUCAACUGCUAGUGCUCCAUCUCAACUACCUUUAUUUUUAGCUGCUACAAAAUAGUAUCCAUGUUUAUUCAUUUUAUAUUUAUACUCUCUUUAUAAAUAUAUCCAGCAAAAAGACUAAGGGGCAACCUAUAGGAGAACCAGCCAUGAAAACAGAGAAGAAAGAGAAGAAAAGUAAUAGCUGGGCAUUAAAGCUUUAGAGAGAUUAAGUAGAUUGAAAUUUUUUAAAUGAACCACUGGAUUUAGCUAUUAAGAGAAAAUGGUUGGGUGGUCAGAUCGGAAACUAAAUUGCAGGGUAUUGGCAGGUAAGAAUAUGGAAGCAAUGAAUGCAGGUAGUUUUUGGUUUGGGGGAGCGGGGUUUGUUUUUAAGAGUUUAGCUGUGAAAGGGAGGAAAGGUAAAAUACUAAGUGGAGGAGGGGUACGAUAUGUAGAAUCAAGUGAAGGGUUUUUGGUUUUGUUUUUUUUUUAAGGAUGGAAGACAUUUGGGUAUAUUCAAAAGCAACAGAGAUAGACCCAUUAAAUAAAGAGAAAUUAAAUAUUAGAAAAAGGAAAGAUCAAAGUGACAUAUUCAUGGACAAGAUGAGAGGAAAGGGACCAAAGCUAUAAGUAAAAGGGUUGCCUUUGGGAAGGGGAAAGGCAACAUCUUUCUCUGACAUUGGUACAAAGGAAUAGAGAAUGGAAUUAAUGUUGAGCUGGUCUGAGGUAUAGAAUUGGGGACUGGAGAAAGUUCAUGAUUAUUUCAAGUAUUUCAUUAAAUGAGGAAAUGAAGUCAUCUGAAAGGAAGGAAUGAAGUGGGGUAGGUGACUUGAAGAGAAAAGAGAGGGUAUGAAACAGAAUAAUCAUGCAAGAGUUAAAAGACAGAAUGUAUCUGGACAUUAAGUUGCAUCAGUUGGUAGUAGAUUCAGUCAACAUAGUUCUGGGACUUUUUUUAUAUUAAUAGCUUUUUAUUUUUCAAAAUACAUCCAAAGAUAGUUUUCAACAUUCACUCUUACAAAACCUUGUGUUCCAAAUUUUUCUCCUUUUUCCCCCUCCUUUCUUCCCUAGACAGCAAGUAAUCCAAUAUAGAUUAAACAUGUACAAUUCUUCUAGACAUAUUUUCACAUUUAUCAUGCUGCACAAGAAAAAUCAGAUCAAAAGGGAAAAAAAAGAAAGAAAAAAAGCAAACAACCAAAAAAAAAGGUAAAAAAUACUAUGUUGUGAUCCCCAUUCAGUCCCCCUAGUCCUUCUCCUCUCUGGAUGCAGAUGGCUUUCUCCAUCACAAGUCUAUUGGAAUUGGCCUGAAUCACCUCAUUAUUAAAAAAAGAGCCACGUCCAUCAGAAUUGAUCGUCGUAUAGUCUUUUUGUUGCUGUGUAUAAUGAUCUCCUGGUUCUGCUCACUUCACUCGGCAUCUGUUCAUGUAAGUCUCUCCAGGCCUCUCUGAAAUUAUCCUGUUGAUCAUUUCUUACAGAACAAUAUUAUUCCAUAACAUUCAUAUACUAUAACUUAUUCAGCCAUUCUCCAAUUGAUGGGCAUCCAUUCAAAUUCCAGUUUCUGGCCAUUACAAAAAGGGCUGCCAGAAACAUUUUGGCACAUACGGGUCCCUUUCCCUUCUUUAAAAUCUCUGUGGGAUAUAAGCCCAGUAGUAACACUGCUGGGUCAAAGGGUAUGCACUCUCAAACUCAUCUUUGAUAGCCCUUAGGAUAUUGUUCCAAAUUGCUCUCCUUGGGAUUUUUUUUUAAGUCUAGGUCUCCUUUAUCUUUUCCAUGUGGAAAGGGCAGUGAUCACUCACAGGCCUGACCUCAGUACUAUCUGAUAUUAAAGUUUUAACUAGAAUGUUGUUUCCAGCCUUACAGGUUUACCCCUUAGUAGGAAGGUUCCCCAUCUUGGUUCCAGGGACGCCUGUUUGGCUUUAGCCCAACUGAGGCUCACAACUCCCAAACUCAAGCAAUCCGCCAGCCUUAGCCUCUCUUGGUCUCAGGAACUACAGGCAUGUAUUACAAUGCCUCUCAGUUCUGUGACUUCUUCCAGCCAUGUAGUGUUCUAGAGUAUGAGGAUAGAUUAGAGAGACUGGAUAGUAGAUAUAUUCCAAGUUUGGAGUUUAGAAAGGGAUGAUGUUCACAGGAUGUCCACCAUGCUUAGAAAGCUUUCUCUCCUCUUUCUGAUUACUGAUCUCCUUAGCUUCUUUUAAGCUCCAACUAAAAUCCUACCUUCUACAGGAAGCCUUUCCUACCCCCUCUUAAUUUUAAUGCCUUCCCUCGAAUAACUAUUUCCAUUGAUAUAACUUGCUUUGUAUAUAUGCUUACAUGUUUUCUCCCCCAUCAAAUUUUAAGUGCCUGGAGAUGAAUGACUGCCUUUGCCUCUUUUUGUUUCCUGGCACUUAGAAUGGUGUCUGACAUAUAUUAUUAAUAAAUUGCUUUUAUUAUUAAUAAAUGCUUACUGAUUAUGAGUCAAAGACUCUAAGGGCAGACAAGAGCAUAAGAUUAAGAUGGUUAAGUAUAAUGUUAAGAUUGCAAAAGGAAAAAAGUGAGACCAGAACAGGGGUGAUUAAUAGGGAAAGUCAGGACAAAUAGUAACUGAAGGUUGUAAUAAGGACGAGAAAUAGAUUUAGGAGAGGUUCUAAAUGAUGGAGGUAUGUAGUAUUUGUGUGUGCUGAGAUAAAGAAUAUGCCCUCCCUUACCCUUGUGAGACUGAUGUGUAAUAAAGUUGCAGUUUGAGACUUAGAAAGGUUAAUGAACUGAGAAUUCAGGAUAUCCACAUGUAUAUUGAUAGUCCUAACCAUGAGAUCCAGGCCUGGAACAUAUAUAAAGAUGUGAGCUAGGAACUAAACUCCUUGGAAUUGAGAGGGAAUGACUUAGGGGUCAAUAGAUAACUCCCACCCAGAUCUUACCAAAAUGAUUUAGCUAGAAAGAAUGAACCCCGAAGCAGGAGGGAUGAUUGAUAAUGGCUGAAGGGGAUGGUUCUGGAAAUAGCUGGAGAAGCAAGGAGCUUGUCUAUUUUUCCACGUGAUUCAGUGUGUUGUGGAGGGGAGGAGAAUCAGAGAAGUUGAAUCCAGUGUUGAGAGACAGUGGUCAGAGAUGCAGUGUUCCUGGGAGGAGCCAAGUUUCUGUGGUGGCAAGAAGAUGGAAGAAGCUCAGAGGAAGAAGUCUGAUCUGAAAGGAGGGAAGAUCGAGAAGAUGGUGGACCACCUGGUGAACACAGAGAUCAACAGCCAGAGAAUCGCCGCUGUGGAGAACUGCUUUGGGGCCUCCGGGCAGCCUCUCGCCUUACCAGGCCGGGUGCUCCUCGGCGAGGGCAUCCUGACUAAAGAGUGCCGCAAAAAGGCCAAGCCACGAAUCUUUUUCCUCUUUAACGACAUUCUGGUUUACGGAAGUAUCGUCAUCAACAAACGCAAGUACAGCAGCCAGCACAUCAUCCCUCUGGAGGAGGUGACCCUGGAGACCCUCCCCAAUACCUGGCAGGCCAAAAACCGCUGGAUGAUCAAGACCUCCAAGAAGUCGUUUGUGGUGUCGGCCGCCUCCGUGUCGGAGCGGGAGGAGUGGAUCAGACACAUCGAGGAGUGCGUGCGGCGCCAACUGCGGGCCACGGGCCGCCCGCCCACCACGGAGCACGCGGCGCCCUGGAUCCCGGACAAAGCCACGGACAUCUGCAUGCGCUGCACGCAGACCAAGUUCUCCGCCCUCACGCGGCGGCACCACUGCCGCAAGUGCGGCUUCGUGGUCUGCGGGGACUGCUCCCGGGAGCGCUUCCUCAUGCCCCGCCUCUCCUCCAAGCCCCUCCGAGUCUGUGGCCUCUGCUACCGGGAGCUGGCGGCGGAGAAGCGGAAAGAAGAGGGCGAAGCGGGGGAGGAGGGGCAGCGGCGGCCCCAGCGGGGCCUUGCUCACCCGCCAGCGACAGCCUACGGGGCAUCCAGUGGGGAGGACGAAAGCGACAAGUCAGAUGAGGACAAAGAUGGGGGCUCAGCGGGUUCCUGGCCCACGGGGCUGGAGUUCUAUGCCUCCGGCGUUAAGUGGUCAUCCUUCCAUAGCUAACCUUUGUCCGCCAACGUCCGGGGUCUGCUGGGAAGCAGGCAGGGUCGUCCCCGCUGGUGCAGGCUUGGAAAUUGGACACUACUGGACAGGUUAGACUAAGUUCUCUGACGGCUGUCCACAGAGCCCCGUUGUGCUGCUUUAUAGUUAGGGAGUGAGCCGCUGGAGAAACCAGGUCAUUCUUCUCGCUGCUCUCAGCGCUCCCACGCCCCUAAAAGACCUGCUCCUUUAGUCAAGCUCUUCCCACCGCGGAGCGGGGUAUAUUAGGAGGUCCCGCCCGUAGUCUCAGCCUCUCCGCGCCUGAGUCAGGGGAGCAUUAUGCAAAAGGCUUUUAGAACCUGAGGUGGGGGAAGGCCCCAGAGACCCAAGGGAGCAGCUAUCUCCUUCGUUUUUUGGAGCUCCAGCCCAAGACCAUCUACACCCAAAAGAGCCAACUGCCCCAAGGCCAAGCUGCUGCCCUGGUUAGCUGCCCCUAGCCGCUCCAGUCCGAAUUCUCUGCCACAUCAUUGCUACAGAAGGCUUCCUUGGGUGAUCGGAAACAUUUCUUCAUCCCAGGAACCAUUCUGGGAGGGACCUAAGGAACCAGUAGGGGUCCCAAGAACCCUGAAGCCAGAUGCCCAGGGAUCUCAGCAGCCAUCCUCCCUUGUAGAGAAAAACUGCAAUCCAAAGAGCCCCAAAAUUUCUCCAUCAGAGCUCUCCCCAGGGUGUCCAGAAGGACCCGAUGCUGACUCCCUGCCUGAGGUGCCGUGCAGCAAUGAAAAAGCCACAUUUCUUUAGUCUAGAAAAGGAUAGGGCACAUGACUGUGGGACUUCCUAUAUGUUGUAUCAGCCCAAAUGUUCAUAAUCGUAAUACAUCUCACAUCUCCUCCACAUUUCAUUCUUUCCUUCUCUUCAUGCUACCAGUCUGGGUGGGUACAGUGGGAGAAAGGGGAAAGAAGGCAGAAUUAGGAGGAAAAGGCCAAGAGAUCGUGGGGGAGCAUGUGUACAUGAUUGGGAGGGAGAUGCUUAUAAGGCAUUGACGCAGAUGCAGAGACAUAUUUGUCUGUUGAAGCAGAAAUCUGUUUUCCUUGGCUUUUCUGCUUUGAAGGAAAGCUCUCCAUCCUUUUCCUUAGCUCAGCAAGGUCUGCUCUCUCCUGGCUGAAUUCAGUAAAUCUGUCUUAUUUGGUUUAAACUGUCUAAUUGAUGACUUGAAAGAAGGAAAAAUUUUCAGCAUCCCUUUCAGCUGAAUGCUAUUUUAUUUUAAAACCAUACUUUGAUAUAUUCUCUUGGCUUGGAGGGAACAGUCUUAGCCUGGAAUAGAUAUUUCUGGCCAUUUAGUUUUGGGAAUCUUACCCUUGGCUCUUUCCCCCCUAUCUACAUUGGCUCAGGCACAUAGCUCAUUUUGCCCAGGGAUGAAGAAGGCACAGGGAAGGCCAACUCCAUCUCACCAUUACCACUAUAAAUCUCCCCAUUCUGUAAAUGUAACUAAGAUGGGUGGGUGAAAUUUCACAUUUAAAGGUCCUCUUCCUCUUAAAAACUCAAUUAUCCUUAGAAGAAAUUAAUUAGCUCCCCAUACCUUAAUGCAAGUGAGAUUGUUUUUCCUCUUUGGCCAUGGGCCCUCAAAAGAAAAGCAAAGAAAAACCAGCAAAAAAAUGGAGGCAUUGUCUUUAGUAUUCCUCAGACCCUCAUCAUUUUGAAGCCUUAUUGAGAACUUAGUCAUAGUUAAGGAGUCCUUUCCUACUCUUCCCUCCCCAGAUCUUUUAACAUAAGGGCUCUCUCUUACCCAGAUUAAUAGUUCCAAUUGGUCUGGAUGGUUUGCUAAUGAGCUACAACCCCUGGGAGUUCAAUCCCCUGAAAUACAAAAGAAUAGCGAAAACAUAAAGUGGGGAAUUGAGCAAAUAUAACACAAUCCAGGACUUGUUUCCCUACCUUUAAAAAAUUGGGGUGGCAUUCAGAACUUAAUAAGCAGCAGCUCUCAAAGCCUUUUUUCCCUUUCCUCCCUUCAAAAUCCAGUAUAAAGCCCUUUUCCUUAUAGACUGGGGUCAAAGUGGAAUUUGCCCUCAACCCCCAGCAUCUGGUUUAUGAAGAAAUAUCUUGCCCUGGGAACCCAGUCUUCCUUUUCCUCAGAACCAAGUCCAGUGCUUUCCCCAGAGAAACUAGGGCCCCAAGGAUGAGUGGGAAGUUUCUGUGGUAAUAGCUGCCUCAGCAACUUCUUUCAGGAGCCAGAUUCCAUUUGGGACUGAGAAACCUCCAAAUGGGGAUAAAGGUUUCAGGGUUUGGGAAACUCACAAGACAGAGGGCUUGGUUUGGCAGGCAAAUAAGGCCUGUGGGUUGGAGGGCAUUCCACAUGGCUCCACAUCGUUUGGAGCUCCCCAUCUAGCUAUAUUUCAUUCUCUCCUUCCUCGUCUCCCUUUUUUCUUUCCAUCUUUCUCUCUUUUUCUUUCCUAUCCUCCCUCCUCACUUCUCUUUCUUUCUCCUGUCUGGUCCCCAAAGUGCUGACCACCCUCACUGCUCUGAGUCUUCUUCUUGCUGCUCUGCCUUGGUUCUCCCCUACCUAUCUGACAAAACCUUGAUCCCUUUUGAUGGAUCCUUUUUCAAGGCCUGCCUUCCAAUUGUGGUUAUCUCCAUAGACUCUACCUUGAACCUUUUCUAUGAUCUCUUCUGGUCCCAUAGACUCAUUCAUUAUUUCUAUGUAGACAAUGCCCAGAUCUAAAGAUCCAGACUUAGUGUUUCUCCUAAACUGCCAUAAGUAACUCAAACUCAAUCUGUCUAAAACAGAACUCAAUUUCUUUUCCCCCAAAACCCAUACCUUUCCUAACUUCCCUAGUUCCCUUAAGAGCAGCACCACCUUACCAGGCACUUAGAUUGGUGACAAUGGAGUCAUCACUGACUCUUCAGUCUUUCAUCAAUCAACAAAGUGUCUACCAUGUCUACUUUAGCAGUGUGCUAAGGUGCUGGGAAUACAGAGAUAACCAUAAAAAAAUUCCUUGCCUCAAGAAGCUUCUCUGGGAAGAGAAAAUACACACACAUUUCAGAAUAUAGAGAAAACAUAUAAAAGACAUACAAGAUAAAUUAGUAGUAGAAGCACAGGUGGCUGGUGGAUGGAGAAAGGCUUUAUGCAGGAUAUUGCAUUGAGGUGACCUUUGAAUGAAAUUAAGGAUUCUGAGAGAUAAAUUUAAGGAAGGAGUGUGUUGAAGGCAUGAGAUACAGCUAGGCAAAGGCAUGGAAAUGGGAAAUGGACUGUUAUGUGUUCUGUAGGGCCAGUUUGCCUACUGUAGUGUGUGCAAAGGGGAGUAAUAUAAUAAAUCUGAAAAAAUAGAUUAGAGCCAAGAUGAAGGAAUGUAAAUACCAAGUAAAACCAAAAUUCUGUGUAUUUAAUCCUAGAUAUAAUAGAGAGCCAUUUGAGUUUAUUGAACAAGGGAAUGACAUGAUUAGACAUGCUCUAAGUACAUAUUUCUUUGGAAGCUGUGUGAAGAAUAGGUUGGAAAGGUUCCUAGAGAGGAGACCAGUUGGGCAAGGAAACUAAUUAGGAGGCUUCUGCAAUGCUGCAGAGAAGAGGUGAUGAGGGCUAUGUGAAUGGAGGGGGAAAUAGGAGUGAAAGAUGUUUUACAGGUCAAAUUGAGAAAUAGAUUGUCAAAUUGUCAAAUUGACAAUAGACUGGAUGUUCGGAAUUAACAAGAAUGAGGAAUCAGGAAUAAUGCUGAAGCUGGGAAAGUAGAAUGUGAGGAAGAGGGUAUGAUAGAAAAUAGGUUCUCUUGGACAUGUUGACUUUGAAUACUUAUGGGACAUCCAGUAGUAAAUGUCUAACAGGUAGUGAGUAAUAGAUACUGGAACUCAGGAGAGAGACUAAGGCUGGAUAUAUAAAUCUCUGUAGAAAUGACAUUUAAACCUAUGGAAGCUGAUGAAAUAACCUAAAACAGGAGUUUUUGACCUGGAGUCUGUAAAUUUUUUUUUAAAUAUUAGGAUAACUGAGUUCCUAUAUAAUUGAGUUGUUUUGUAAUCCUAUGUAUUUUGCACAUUUUAAAAACAUCCGAAAAAGGGAUCUGUAGGCUUUGUGAGACUGCCAAAAGGGUCACAAAAAAAAUUAAGAAACCCUGGCCUAAAGAUAGAAAAGGACACAACACAGAACCUUGGGUUGUCCCCACAUUUGGAGCGCAAGUUAUAGAUGAUGAACUGGCAAAGAAGUCAGAGAACCAAGAGAUACCUGUUCAAUUAAAAACUCAGGAGAAAGUAUCAAGGAGGAAGGGCUCAUCAACUGUCCAAUAUUUCAUUUUCUGCAUCUUUUCAUUAAUUCUCUCCAUUCAUACAGCCACCAUCCUUUUAAUGCCCUAAUCACCUCAUCACCCGUCUCGCCUGAACUAUUGCAACAGCCUUCUAAUUGGUCUCUCUCUCUUGACAAUUCCUUCCCCCAAUCUGAUUUCCACUCAGCUGCCAAAGUGCUAUUCCCAAAAUGUCUCUGACCAUGUCAUAACUCUGCUCCCAAUGAGCAGAGAAAGGCUUCCUAUUGCCCCCAGGAUAAAAUACAAACUCCUGUGCUUGGCAACAAAAACCCUUUGCAAUGUGACUCUAGGCUCCCUUUACAAGUUUAUUACAUAUUACUCCCAUUCAUGAACUUUACUUUUUGGCUAAAAUUGUCUUCUGGUUGUUCCUUCCUCAUUUGCCUUCGCCAUGCCUUUGUAUAUGCUGUUCCCCGUGCUUGGAUUUAUAAGGAUAUUAUAAGGAUCCCUAGCUUUUUUAAAAGCUCUACUCAUAUACUGUCUCCAACAGCUCCUAGUACCCCUUUCCUACUUGGCAUAUGGUAAAUCCUGAAUAGAAGGUUGUUGAUCUCUGCACUUCAUCUUGGCUCUCCUUUCCCCUUCCCUCUCUUUCCCUCUCUUAGUUUCUCUCUUCUUUCUUCUUCCUUCUUCCACCUCCUUGUAGGAGGAAAUGCAUGAAUGAAAAUAUUCAUCACUCUGCUUCCGCUAAUAGAGCACUGCAGUUGACAAAGCCAUUCCCUAUCUCCUUCCCCCUCCCAAGGUUGAGAAUAGCCUAAAAGAAUUAAAUUGUAUUGACCCUUGUUCUGAAGGAUGACACGUAACCCUCCUAGAGAGGGUCCCUGUAUCAUUAGGGACUUUGUGCGAUGGGUAUAUGCAAAGCUGUGUCUGAAUUUUGUUGAACUUGGAGUCUGAUUCUUUGACAAAUCACUGUGAGUGCAUGCACUAAGUGGGAGCAGAGGUUCCACACACACUCACCCUAAACUCAUUUAUCUUAAAGCAAACUCCUCAAGCAAACCUAUUUGUGAAUUAAAUGGAGCCCGUCUCUACAGGAAAACAAGGAGAAAGAACUGGAUUUAUAGCACCUCUCCUAACCUGGGGUCCCAGGGUCCCUGGAGCUGGACAGCAGAUCUUAUUGCUACCCCUGAAAACUAGCCUGCUCUGCCUGAGAGCUCAUAGGACCACCCUCCACCUCUGUCCCAUGAAGUUGUCCAAGGUUAUAAAGGGCAGCUGGGAGACAAGGGGAAAGGAUCAGAGAUCUGGAGCUGGGCAGGACCUUGGGCCAUCCAGUCCAACCGUCUCUCAUUUUUAUAGUUAAAAAAAAAAAAAAAAAAAACCUGAGGCCCCUGGCUAAAAAUGCCUUGCCCAAGAUGACACUAGUGGUGAACAUCGCAGGUAAGAUCUGAAUUUAGAUCUUCUACCUAGAAGACCAGUGGUCUUUGCUCUGGGCCAGGCUGGUGGCUAAGAUAAUGUGCCAGGAGACAGAAUGAGACCACAUUCAGAGAUGUGGAGGCUCUGGGUUCAAAUCUUAGCUCUACCACCCAUUAGCUCUGAGUGUGUGUUUGGGGUGGGGGUAGUCACUUCUCCCUGGUCCUCAGUUUCCUCCUCUACAGAGUGAAGGGGGUGGACUAAACGAUCUAUAACGUCUCAUUCCAGUUCUCAAUCUUUUGAUCCUCUGAUCAUAAGUUGCUAAGCCAAAGGGACAUGUGAGCCAGCAAUCUUGUCUGGGCUCAUUGGGAAUGUGGAAUGGGAACAACUAAUUCCUGGGCCUCUGUUUCUCGAAGAUCCCUUUCCGCUGAAGUCUGCGGUUGUCGCUUCUCGAGGAAUCUUGCGGAUGGAACGUGGAGGGAUAAUUUGGGAAACAUCUGCAACCGUUUCUGCCUGGUGGUGCACGGGGCAUCUGGAGGACAGUGGGGGCUAACGUCCCCACUUUCAAGGAUAGGCCUCCUUUGUAGCAUCCUGCCUUUGUGCCCCCAGGAAGCUUUUUGGCAUUGGCAAAUUAUCCCCUUUUUCUAAAUGUGAAGAUGGCAAUAGAAAAACACCACCCACAUCGGGACCAGCUGGAAGAUUCUGCUAGGAUUGUGAAUUUUCAGGUUAAACUUUGCUUUCCUCCCCCUUCUUCCUCCUUCCUCUCCCAUGUCAGGGGAGAUUAAUAUUCUUUUUUUUUUUUAAAGAGAGUGCUUGAGGUUUGGAAGAAAUACUCUUUUUAUGUGGGGGUGGGAAGCCGCCAACUGUAAUUUCCAUGUGCAGCUCCAUUAGUUGUGGCUGCUUCAGGUUUCCAAAACCACUGGCCCCUGUGCAGAGAACAGUAGGAACUGUCUCAUCCUGUGGAUGUUUCCAGCCACAAAGACUUUGUUCCUUCCGCAAAACACAAGGGAAGCAAAGGCUGGUGAUGAUUCUGCCAGGAGCUGAUUUGACUUGCAGACUUCAGGUCCCCAAAGAAAUAAGCUCCUGUCUCCACGGGUAUGUCCUGGCUGGAUUUUCAAAGAAAAAUGAGCCUUAUAGAAUCCUAGAAUGUUAGAGUUGGAAGGGACUGUUGGUGCCCUCAAUACCAAUCCCCUAAUUUUUAAUAGAAAAAUAAACUAAGUCGUGAAUAAGGAAAGUGGCACAUUCAAGGUAGAAUACUAGGAUUAUGUUUUUUUUUUAAUUGGAAGGAACUUUAGGGGUCAUCUAUUUCAUUGCUUCCUUUGACAGAUGAGGAAACUGAGCUCUAGAGAGGUUAAAUUAUUUGCUGAAAGUCACACAAAUAAUAAACAUCAAAGAUGAGAUGUCAAUCAAGAUCCUCUCUUUCGAAAGCUAGUGUUAUUUCCUUUCCCAUGAAAAUAGGUUCAUUUUCAACUGGAAUGGACCGUUGAGGUCAUCUGGUCCAACCCUUUCAUUUUCAGAGGAAAUUGAGAGUCAGUGAAGUCAGAUGUCUAAUUCAAAAUUACACAUAUAAGUAAUUAACAGGAGGGACAAGACCCCUAGAGUAGCAAUCUAGAAAUCAUGACUUCUAAGAAUUCUUUUAAAGACUGGCAAUCAAUCUGAUUCAUCCAUUUUGAAAAUCUGAAUUUUUCAUGUCAAGUUCUUAUGAAACAAGACCCACUACAAGCAUUUAUAAAAUUUAGGUAACUUCUUUGGAAUUAUAUGCGACAAGCUGGAUGUUAUAGACUUUCAGGCACUAUUUUGGGAACUCAUUGGAUUCAUUGGAUUUGCCAUAGAAUCGGGCAUCCCUGGGUGCAAGGUCUAAAAGAAAUCAGGUAAUAGGUCCAAGAGCAUUUAUUGACUCUCUCCAAAGGACCACAGAAUCUACAGCUAGAAGGUAUCUGAAAAACUUUGUUUCUGUCUUGAUCCUACAUAAUAAACACACUAAUCUCCUAACUAUUUCAAUGGGACCUGUGUUUCUGGUCUUCCUAGAUGGCACUGAGCAUUCUGAGUUAGGUUGUGGAGACAAGCAGCCUGGAUGGGUCUCCCAAGGCCUAUCUGUAAUCUCCAGGGCUGUUUUGUGUUCCCAGAGCAACCAUGCAAAUAGCAUUUCUGGGCCCAAUGCCGUCAAUUCCUAGAGCUGCAUGGAAACAGUUCCCUCAUUGCUCUCUCCCCAAGGCCACAGGGAGUUGCGUGGAGAUGUAAAGGGAGGCCCCCAAAUAGGGGUGUCGUUGUUACUAAACAGCCCUCCCUGCUGAGUGAUCCCCUCCAGCAGAGAGACACAAAGGCCCCAGACACUGGCCAGCACUUCCAGGAAAGAUUAUCCAGACACAUGUUUCCUGUUCUAGGAAACAAGCCGGCCUGGCCUCCAUUUGUAGAUGAGAGGGCUGCUGUCACGAGAGGAGCAGCCCUGGGUAAUGAAAUCCCUGUGCCUGGUGCUUGGGAGCGCCUCAGGGACCCCACGUUCCAAGGGGAGGCAGAGACCUUCUAGACCGAGCCACAGCUGGGCCAGCGUUCCCUUUACGUAAGCUCCAGCAGGUAGCCAGAACUCUCUUGAAGACCUCCAGGAAGAGAACACCUGCUUACCCCUGGGAUUCCAAAUGAGCUGCCUGUGUGAGCAAUUUGAACAGAAUUCUUGGGUACCUGAUUGAAAUGCCUUGAUUGAAGGAAUUGAAUAGAGAUACAGAUGCUUUGUUCACAUUUGGUUCUGAGCUCCAAUUGAUUGAUUCAACUGAAAUACUUCUUAACUACUAAGGGUAUCAGUGUGUGGCCUGGCCAGUUACUUUCAGUGGGGUGAAAUGGAGCGAUUUAAUUGAGGCACCCUCCACCCCUUCUACUAACAUUGCCUCUGGAAAGAGUAUGUCCAUGGGUAUCUAUAUUUCCACCAUUUCUGUGACUUCUCAGACUUCUUCCCUCGACCACCAUGUAUUUUUCGACCAUGAGAAUAUAAGCUCCUUUAGAUCAUGGAAUGUCUCCCUUCUGUAUCUCUAACCCCAGUAUAUAGUAGUGUCUUGGCAUAGUAAUAAGCACUUAAUAAACACUUUGGAAUUAA